CUUUUCAAGAUGAAGAACCUGAUCCUGGUCUUGUGCCUCCUGGGAACGAGCUCUGCAGUGCCGGUGUUUCCUCGGCAGCCGGGGACACCAGGCAUGGCUAGUUUGAGCCUGGAGACAAUGAGACAAUUGGGCACCUUGCAGGGAUUAAACAUGCUUUCUCAGUAUUCAAGAUUUGGCUUUGGGAAAUCACUUAAUUCUUUGUGGAUGCACGGUCUCCUCCCACCACAUUCCUCCUUCCCAUGGAUGAGACCAAGGGAACAUGAAACUCAACAGUAUGAAUAUUCUUUGCCUGUGCAUCCCCCACCUCUCCCAUCGCAGCCAUCCCUGCAGCCUCAGCAGCCGGGACAGAAACCUUUCCACCAGCCCAGCGUGAUCGCCGCCAUCCAGGACACAGUCCAGAAGGGAGGACCUCAGCCUCCGGUUUACCAUGGACAGCCACCCUUGCAGCAGGCAGAGGGGCCAAUGAUUCAACAGCAGGUGGCACCAUCAGAGAAGCCACCAAAGGCCGAGCUACCAGGAAUGGAUUUUGCUGAUCCACAAGGUCCAUCCAUAUUCUCAAUAGCCCGCUUGAUAUCUCAGGGACCGCUGGCCCAAAAUAAACCAUCUUCACUUUAUCCAGGAAUGUUUUACAUGUCCUAUGGAGCAAACCAAUUGAAUGCUCCUACCAGACUUGGCAUCAUGAGCUCAGAAGAAAUGGCGGGAGGCAGAGGAGGCCCCAUGGCCUAUGGAGCCAUUUUCCCAGGAUUUGGAGGCAUGAGGCCGAGCCUUGGAGGGAUGCCUCCCAAUCUAGGCAAGGGUGGGGACUUUACUCUGGAAUUUGACUCCCCCGUCGCUGCAACCAAAGGCCCAGAGAAGGGAGAAGGAGUUGGGCAAGGCUCCCCCGUGCCAGAGGCCAACCUAGCCAAUCCAGAAAACCCAGCUCUCCUUCCAGAGGUAGCAAUGCCUAGUGCCCUUGGAGGGCUACUUGCUCUCCCGAAGGGCGAUAUUCCCAGCCUGGCCAGGGGCCCUGCAGGGCACAGCAAGGGAUCCCCCAGGGUUACCCCAGCAGCCGCUGACCCACUGAUGACCCCUGGAUUGGCUGAUGGUUACGAGCCCUACGUUGCUGAUACGACCACACCCUUAGGAGAAACGACCUUGGAUACCACAGUGACCCCAGACACAGAACAAACAUCGAUGCCAGGAAACAAGGUCCAGCAGCCCGAUGUUAUGCAUAAUGGGUGGCAUUUCCAAGAGCCCUGAGAGCUUUGAGCUA